AUGCUCGGCUGGGCAGGCAUACUCGUGCUUGCGCAGCAAGAGCCAGAGAGCGCUCUCACAUACUUUUCCAACCAGCCGGCCAAGCUCUUUUUCUUUGACGAUUCUCCGGUUGCGGUUUACCACAAUCUUGCCGACGCAAACGUGUUCGUGUCUCAGGACGAAGGCAGAAAGUGGGACAAGGCAGUGGGCAUACCAGAGGGCGAAGCAGCGAUGGUUAUUCAUCAUCCUUUUGACAAUAGUAUUGCUUUUAUCCUUUCGAAGGGCACCAAGCAUUAUCGCACGGACGACCAGGGUAAGACAUGGCGGUCGUUUGAAGUUCCAGCCCGUCCUGCUUUCGUUGGGCAGCCUCUAUCCUUUCAUUCGGACCGCAAUAAGUACGGAUACAUUCUCUAUCAAGGAACAAAGUGCGACCGCGAGGGUUCUUGGGGCAGCAUCUGUCAUGACGAGACGUACUACACAAAAAACGCCUUCAGCUCGGACCCAGAGCUGAUGCUCAGUGAGACAUCACGUUGUCAGUUUGCGCACAGCAGCAAAGAUUUCAAACACGAAGCACACGAAGACCUGGUGUACUGCGUCGCCUUUGACAGCUCAUCAUCGAAUGGCAUACACUCGAUCUCUUCGAGCCGGCUAUUUUCCUCGACCGACUUCUUCAAGGACGAAAACCGCGUCGAGGACCUCGGUAUCGGGAAGAACGCGCGGGGUGUUCUCGCACUAGCGAUCGUGAGCAAGUUCGCUGUCGUGGCAUUGAAGGACAUGAGCACCGGCAACAAUGGCGAGAUGCUGCUAUACGUCACGGUCGACACGAACAAUUGGGCGAAGGCCGAGUUCCCGCACGCCUCAUCGGCAGCGCUGCGCGAGAACGGCUACACGGUCGUCGAAUCGACGACGCACUCGCUCGCGGUGGACGUUUUGCUGCAGGAUAUGAGUAACAUUGGGACGCUAUUCGUGAGCAACUCAAACGGGACGUUCUUCGUCGAGAGUCUCAAGGACACGAAUCGGAACGAGAUGGGUUUUGUCGACUUCGAGACGCUCUACGGCAUCGAGGGCGUUGGCCUUGCGAACGUUGUCAUGAACGCGAAGGAGGUCGAGACGCGUCGCGAGGAGAAGAGGUUGCAGAGCCGGAUCACGUUUGAUGACGGUCGCUCGUGGUCGUCCAUCCCGCCGCCAUCGAUGGACAGCACAGGGCGGCGGAUCAGCUGCGACCCGAACGACGCGGUGAAGUGUUCGCUACAUCUAUAUUCCGUGACUCAGCAGCACAACGUUGGUCGCGUGUUCAGCUCCCCUGCGCCAGGUCUAGUCAUGGCUGUCGGCAGCAUUGGCACGAAUCUGAGGCUGUACGAGGAGUGCGACACGUUCCUGAGCGACGAUGCGGGCGCUAGCUGGCGCAUGGUUAGCGAGGGUGCAAGCUUAUACGAGUUCGGCGAUUCGGGAAGCAUCCUUGUAACCGUCAACGACGAGGGGAGCACAGAUGAGGUACAAUACAGCGUGGACUUCGGCAAUUCAUGGUACAAGUACACGCUCCCGCUGACGCUACGCGCACGAUAUCUCAUGACAGUACCGGAUAGCACGUCACAGAAGUUUAUACUCAUCGGCCAGCUCUCACGGCGGGAUGCACCGGGCGACGACCAGCGUUGGGUAGUCGUGCACCUCGACUUUGCCCGAACGCGAAACCGCAAGUGCGAGAAUUCGGACUUCGAGACGUGGUACGCGCGUAAACCUGGGAAUCGGUGUGUGAUGGGGCAUAGACAGUCCUACCGCCGGCGCAAGGAGCGUGCGAACUGCUACGUUGGCAACAAGUUUGUCGACCCCGUCGAGCGGGAGGAAGAUUGCCCGUGCACGGACGACGACUAUGAGUGCGACUAUAAUUUUAUCAAGCAAGGCGAAAAGUGUGUACCUGCUGGUCCAGAGCCGAUUCCGGAAGGCGUAUGCGGCGCGGACGACCAGAAGCAGACGUACAUGGGCUCGUCGGGAUAUCGCCGUAUCCCCGGCAACACAUGUGACGCGGAGAAGGGCGUGAGGAAGGACGCUCGGAUAGAAAAGUCGUGCUCAGAGGCGCAGCCUGCCGAAGGCCAGGUGAUACACCAGACCUUCGAGUUCCCAGCGACGGUACAGCAAUACUCGUAUUUCAAAGGGUCGCGUACGAUCCUCGUGCGGCUCGGAGACCACUCGAUCUGGCAGAGCUCGAACGAGGGCUACACUUGGACGCAUCUGUUCCCCGACGAGAAAUUUGUUGCGUUCUAUCAUCACACAUACUCGCACGACCGUGCGUACCUCAUCACAGAAACGACAAGGGUUCUAUACACGACCGACACGGGCAAAUCGUGGGAUCAACUGCAGGCGCCACUCCUACCGAACAACUUUGCGCUCCAGAUCCUUCACUUCCACCCCACCCAUAGUGACUAUCUUAUCUGGACUGGUAACCGUGAUUGCGGCGGUUUUGGCGAGAACUGCCACGUAGAAGCAUACUCCACGCGCGACAACGGCCAGAACUGGGACAUCAUUGACAAGUACGUGCGCAACUGCGCGUGGGCACGCGACGCGGAAUUGCGUAUCGACCCGCGACAAAUCAUCUGCGAGUCGUACAAGAUCAAGGAGGGCUCGCAGCGGUACUUUUCGAUCGAUAACCCGCUGGAACUCAUUAGUGGCACUGACUUUUACCAAACGAAGACCAAAUUGUUUGAACAUGUCGUCGGCUUCGCCAAAUUCUCGGAGUACUUCAUUGUUGCUGAGUACCAGUCAGAGAGUCAUUCUCUUGAUAUUCAAGUCUCACUUGACGGUCGGACGUUUGCCACUGGAAUGUUCCCACCCACGCUAAAGCUCGAACAGCACGCUUACACUAUCCUUGAAUCGAGCACUAAGUCAGUCUUCCUUCACGUGACCGUUUCAGAGGCUCCAGCGCCAGCAUGGGGCGAUAUCCUCAAGUCGAAUUCGAACGGCACCUACUUCGGUAUCUCGGCCGACUACGUGAAUCGAAACGACGAAGGUUAUGUUGACUUCGAAAAGAUGAUUGGCCUUGACGGUAUUGCGCUGAUCAACGUGGUGUCCAAUCCACAUGAUGCUCCCAUUACGGGCAUGAAGGAGGUACAAACGCGGAUUACGCACAACGAUGGCGGGUCAUGGAAACCGCUGACGCCUCCCCUCGUCGACUCACAUGGCAACAAAUAUGACUGCGACACCACGAGAUGUGGCUUACAUGUUCAUGGUUUUACCGAGCGCUUCGACGCGCGCGCAACAUACAGCACACCCUCCGUGCCAGGUCUUAUUAUGGCUGUUGGUAACGUCGGCGAGAACCUUGCCCCCUACACGGACUCCGACACCUUCCUCUCGCGGGACGCAGGCUUUACGUGGGAAGAGGUGCAUAAAGAUGCUCACCUCUGGGAGUUUGGCGACAGCGGCUCGGUGCUUGUGAUGGCAAACGACGAAGAAGCAACAGACCACGUCAUGUAUUCGCUUGAUGAAGGUCUGACAUGGCGCCAAUACCGCUUCACGGACGACAAAAUCCGGGUGAAGGUCAUCGUGACUGUACCAAGCGAUACGAGUCGAAGGUUCAUCCUGUUCGGGUACCGUCCUAGAUCCCCGAUGGUGGCGAUCGCUGUACACCUCGACUUUUCGGCGCUGACGUACAGGAAAUGUGUGCUGUAUAUCAACAAUAAUGCUGAUGACGACUUUGAGCUGUGGAGCCCCGCAGAGGGCAGGGCAGAGGCCUGUCUCUUCGGUCGAAGAACACUGUACCAUCGCCGUCGACGUGAAUCCAACUGCGUGAUUGGUGACCAGGAGAAGCAGGAAGAGAAAAUCGUCGAAGAUUGCGAAUGUACCAAAACCGACUUCGAAUGUGAGUUCAACCACCGGCGGGACGCAGACGGCGAUUGCGUGUUAACCCCGGGGCUCGAGCCUCUGUCUGACGAUGAUUCAUGUCGCAACGGGGAAGAAUUCUGGUAUGAGCGCACAGCGUAUCGCAAGGUUCCAAUAUCUAGCUGCGAAGGCGGGAAGCGUCUUGACCGGGGCCUUGAACAUCGCUGCCCGGGUUUAAAGGGUCAUGGCUUUUUCUUUUGGUUCUUCGUACUCUUGGUGCCGUUUAUGUUUACCGCUCUCAUUGCGUACUGGUAUUACCGCCGCAUGGGGCUCGCGAGAGGAACUAUUCGGCUCCCUGGAGGCGACCCAAGCAGACACAUCUCGUCCGGCGGUGGCGUCAUCGACACCAUCGCGUCCAUACCAUGGUACCUCCUCGGCAUGGCGGGCAUCGCGUGGGAAUGGAUGGCAUCCAGAUUCGACUCGCUCGGUACGCGAUAUCGCGCUCGCGGAGGAUAUCGCCAUGUUCCUGUGGACGAGGAUGCCCAGAUAUUGCGGUUCGAAGAUGAGGAGUAG